AUGUCUGAUCCAACACAGUACCGGCCGUCUUUUCUUCGUCGGUUGGAUUAUACGAUUGUCACGCCACAUGAGAUUGAGGAUUAUAGCGCCAUGAAGCUUGAGAGCAAGCUGUACACCGAGCGGAAUCCCGUCCGACAAGCCAAUAACGAGGCAUUUAGUCAGGGGAUACGCUCGUUGUUUGAAAUCCUAGAGUCCUGGGAUGCGCAUCUUAAGAUUACCUUGGCUAUGGCUGUUCAUGGCCGGGAGAAGACGCUCGAACCAGAAACCGAAGCAAUACAAUAUGCCUACCAAUGGCAGACCGUCCUUGAUGGUAAACAGUGGCUGUCCGUUCCAUAUCACGCACGCUUCCCAGAUGACUGCCCAGACAUGCCAAGGGUUGCCUGCGUCGACGAGCUGUUGUUUGAGAGCAAUUAUUCGUACCAGGGCAUAUGGAGUGGUGCUGCGAUGCAAAUCGCAGAGCACUGCGUUGCGUUGCGAAGGAUCUACCUGCAUCUGGAGGAGUUGGUCCGCCCAGACCACCUUGAUUACAUUCGAGGACGACGACAAGCUGUGGCACUCGCCCUCCCAAAGCUUCCAUCCACGCUCAGAUCGUUCGAGCUGGAUGGUAACGCGGAAGAACCCUGGUUGAAUAUCCUCCCGGCGUUGGAUCUCCGGGCGAGGAAUGAUUUUGACGACUUUUCAUGUAACAUGGGCAGCCUGUCCCUGACACUUAACGACCUAAAAUUGACACUCACCAGCGUGGAGACGGACUUUCUUUUCCCCCUGGAUGAAGAUGGUGCGCCUACACCAAGGGCAUUAUUGCUUCACUGGCAGUAUAUGGAGUCGCUUACCCUAACGGCCCUCCCGAUGUGUUUACCUUCUGGUGAAUGGCUCUUCGACUGCGACCUCAGUCCCGCAACCAGAGAAAUGAUCCCUGACCCAACAACGGGAUUCGCCAUCAUUGAUACACAGCUGGUGAUGGAAGAAACGGAAUAUUUCAGGGACAAGAUGAAGAUCGAACACUUCCAGCGUCUUUUCAUAUCUCUGGGUUAUGCAGCGCAGCACAUGCCGCGCUUAAAGUCUAUAAACACUAGUAUGGUUCACACGCCUGAUACCCAGUUUAAAUUCAUCAGUGGCCGUGAAGUGGGAGAAGGGCUCUUGGGGAAUAGGCCCACUUUGUCAUUCGACUCCAUGUCGGGGUAUAAACCCGACGAGCGUGUUGCAGAUGCUUGGGGGUUUAGCUUGGACGAUCUGGAAAUUGAGGAUUUGGGAGUGGAUGAUGUGUUUCAUCAGGUCUACGUCAAGGUAGCACUGGACCGCUUUCCUGCGAUGUCAUUAGGAGACGCUGGUUGAUCAUUUUAUUAUCCAUGUACAUAGCUCUUGUGGUCAUGGUGUUUGCGGCGGUUGGUAAUACUUCAUCUUGAGUUCUUGGGCGGAGCCGGCAUAGGAAGGAAUGCAUGUUUACCUACCUACCUCUUUGAUGCGAGGGGGGCCCAUAGAAAUGCCUCGGUAUUGAACUCAUUGAUGCACGGCUAUCCUGGGCAAUGAGUGACACUGAACAAUAUUCUAGGUGUUGUGCCAUCUCGAGGGUGGGUGGGCACUUGAGCAGCGUAAACAGCCGUCCACUCCUCCUACAAUAAUGCGUCUUGCAUAAUAGAAACCAUAAACAGAAUCAGGAGAAUCUAGUCUCAGAG